AUGGAUAGAAAGCAAGAAUACACUCCCUCACAAGUCGACGAGAUAUGGGAGGUAUCGGCAAGGAGUUUGCUCGUUUUCGAUGAGAAGCUGGGCACCGGCGCGUACGCGGUCGUCUAUCGAGGAUACCUCAAAGAUAUGCCACCAGUCGUCAAGAUCUAUCCAUCACUACAGGUCUCGUUCUUCCUUAAAAACGAUGGUAACGAUGUGGCGGUGAAAUCUCCGCAUGAACAAGCGACACACACAGACAGAGAAGAGUUCUUGGCGGAGAUCGAAUUUAUGAAACAGUUGCCCUUCCAUCCGCAUCUUCUCUCGCUUGUCGGCUGCUCGACGAAUCCCGAAUAUCCGUUGAUUGUGACGGGCAUCUGUGAACUCGGCGCUUUACUCUCACUCCUCCGACAAAUGGAUCCGGAACAUUCGGAACAUCAAGAGUCGCCUCUCAAAUUCGACGAUCUAGUCCCAAUUGGUUGGCAAAUCAGUGACGCGCUGGUUUUCCUCUCAGCCAAAGAGAUUGUUCAUCGAGAUGUGGCCGCCAGAAAUGUGCUCGUCACAAAAACAAAAACGGCUAAG